AUCACAUACAUCACAGUCACGCACACCCACAACACCAUGAUCGUCCCUCCGCCUUCCCAGACAGAGCUGAACCUACUCUGCGUCUCUGCAGUCGUGCGAGACCUCAUCGACCAGUUCAACGCGUCCUCCUCAUCCACGUCACCUGUCGAGCCACCGAACGUGGAUCAGCUGCGGGCGAAAUAUGCCAAAAAGUACAACCUUUCAUUUAUACCUCGCCUGACCGACGUCUUAUCGGCAGUCCCUGAAGAGUGGAAGGACAGGUUGAGAGGAUGGCUCAGAGCCAAGCCAGUUCGAACGGCCAGUGGUGUCGCCGUGGUCGCUGUGAUGUGUAAACCGCAUCGAUGUCCUCAUGUUGCAAUGACUGGCAAUAUCUGUGUCUAUUGUCCAGGAGGGCCAGACUCGGAUUUUGAAUACUCUACGCAGUCGUAUACCGGAUACGAGCCGACUUCGAUGAGAGCUAUCAGGGCUCGGUAUGACCCAUACGAGCAAGUCAGAGGUCGAGUCGAGCAGCUGCAAGGAUUAGGUCAUUCCGUGGACAAGGUUGAGAUCAUUCUCAUGGGAGGAACAUUCAUGUCAAUGCCUGAAGACUAUCGCCACAAGUUUAUCGCUGGCCUGCACAACGCUCUGAGCAGUCACUCCACGGAGGACGUAGAUGAGGCUGUUAUAUUCGGAGAGCAAGGCAAAACCAAGUGUGUAGGCAUAACGAUUGAAACUCGGCCAGACUAUUGUCUGAAGCCGCACCUGAGUCAAAUGCUCCGAUACGGAUGUACUCGACUGGAAAUCGGCGUUCAAUCCGUGUACGAGGACGUUGCCAGGGAUACGAACCGAGGUCAUACGGUCAGAGCGGUAUCUGAGUCCUUUCACAUGGCCAAGGAUGCAGGGUACAAGAUCGUCGCCCAUAUGAUGCCUGAUCUACCUAAUUGCGGUAUCGAGCGGGACAUUUGGCAAUUUCAGGAAUUCUUUGAAAAUCCAGCUUUCCGAUCCGAUGGUCUCAAGCUGUAUCCCACUCUGGUCAUCCGAGGGACGGGUUUGUACGAGCUAUGGCGAACUGGCAAGUACAAGAACUACCCACCAAAUGCGCUGGUCGACAUCGUGGCGAGGAUCAUGGCCCUUGUGCCUCCGUGGACGCGUGUUUACCGUGUUCAGCGUGACAUUCCCAUGCCGCUUGUCUCAUCAGGCGUUGAGAAUGGUAAUCUCAGAGAGCUCGCACUGGCCAGAAUGAAGGACUUUGGAGCCGAGUGCCGAGAUAUACGAUUCCGAGAGGUCGGACUACACGAGAUACACAAUAGAAUCCGCCCAGAAGAUUUAGAGCUGCUUAGGCGCGACUACACUGCCAAUGGUGGAUGGGAAACUUUCUUAUCGUACGAAGACCCCGCGAAUGAUAUCCUAGUGGGACUUUUGAGGUUGCGAAAAUGCUCAGAGGACGGGACGUAUCGAAAGGAAUUGAUAGGAAGCGAGGGUGGCUGCAGUCUCGUGCGGGAAUUGCACGUCUACGGGACAGCAGCACCUGUUCAUUCGAGAGACCCUCGCAAGUUCCAGCAUCAGGGCAUCGGAACACUACUUAUGGAGGAAGCCGAGCGGAUAGCUAGGGAAGAGCACGGAAGUGGACGUAUCGCAGUCAUCUCUGGGGUGGGUACAAGAGACUACUACCGACGUCUCGGCUAUCACCUUGAUGGACCGUACAUGGUGAAGGAUUUGGACUAAUACCAUGGCUGCCGAAGCGGAGGAUCGGAUCGGAUAGAUCUGAUGAAAUUUCGCCGGGAACGGUCCGAUGGACCCGAUGUCAUUUGUCCCAGCUGUCAUUCAUCUGCGUUG